AUUAAACACAGCUCGGUGUAAACCAUAAUAUUAUCGAGCCUUGGGUCAAACGGAUCAGUCGAUUCUAGACAUUUAAGUAGAGUACUUACUGAUCUUGUUAACAAUAUGCAUUUGAAUAAUAGAGUUUUGGUGUGGGCAACCUUUGCUCAUGUAUUUUUCUUCGCCGGUGGCUUUGCUACCAAUAACAGUUCAGCUAGUAAUGAUGUUAAUUUCUAUUAUUUCGCCUAUGGUAGUAACUUGUAUGACAAACGGAUACACGUGAAUAAUCCUUCUGCUGUGUUCUAUAGUGUCGCCGUUUUAAGGGACUACCGGUUAGACUUUAAUAUGAGUUCAAAAUUGUGGAGGGGGGCGCCAGCGACGAUUUGUAAUGAUCCCGGGGGCAGUGUGUGGGGAGCACUGUGGGUCAUACAACAGUCAGAUAGGAAGCAUCUUGAUAACCAGGAAAAUAUUUAUUAUCCUACUUUCGUCCCUGUCACGACUAUUGACGGAAAGAAGUUGCAAGCCCUAGUCUACAUACAGUAUUACCAGCCAAAAAAACUGCCCAGUUGGAAGGAUCUUCCUAUGGAAAGACGACCUUCUAUUACUUAUAUCAAUGUUAUGAUAACAGGGGCAGUGAAAGUCGGUUUACCUUUACAAUAUAAUAAGAUGUUAUGUACUAUCCCGCAUAACAACCAACAUGCCGAUCCAAUUAUACUUAAGCAGCUUGGUAAACCAUUCAGUGAUUAUAUUGAAUGACUAUGGACAUCAAAUCAUUGUGACCAUUAAUAAUGUAGGUAGUAAUCUUCAAUAGCGAAAUACACAACACAUCAGGCGACACACGGGGCUUAUGUCGGUGGUUAGUUGGCGGUUUUAUUCAUUGUAAGUUUUGUUUUGCAAGUCGUAACGGCCACAUGUUGCCGGGCGCAUGUUGCCGGGCGCAUGUUGCCGGGCGCAUGUUGCCGGGCGCAUUUUGCUGGGUACAUGUUGCCGGGCGUAUGUUGCCGGGUCUGAUGCAAGCCUCGGCCGCAUAUUGCCAAAUUGUCGCUAACAUCGAUAACUGACGUAUCUGAAAUUUUUGGCGAAUCUGCUUUGCAUUCUUUGCUUUUGUCAAUAAGACAAAUUAUUUUAGCCAAAAGCCAGUUUGCAAAGUCACCCACGAUAUACCUAUUCCAACAAUUUGUGUCUGACUGGCCGACGAAAAAAUUUAUAAUUUUAAUAUCAACCUACAACUACUUUAACUUUUCAUUUAUUUCAUUUAG